AUGGAGAACUUGCUCCGCCGGGCCAAGCUCUGGAACGUGCCUGAGGGUGACGAGUGGCGCCUCGAAACGUGUCCAACGUGCAACGGCAAGGGUUUGAUUAUUUGUCCGUGCUGCCACGGGCGGGGCAAGUGUCUCUCGCUUGUGUUGUUUGUGAAUAUGGAUACGCCGUGUUUGCUGUGCUUCGGAAACCCAGAGGUGACGUGUGGCAACUGUGAAGGCAACGGUAAGUUCGUCGUGACUCCUGACGGCCGGUACUGGUGCAAGCCGCCCAAGUAUCGACGGAAACCGCCUCCGGGUGUGUCGAGCUGGAACUUGUUCGCGAAUAUCCGGUUUCCGACGCAGGAACUGCCGCCCGAAGUCGCUAACGCCAUCCGAGGUUUGAAGUUCGACGUUUUCGGUCAGGUGAUCAAGCGCACCAGUGAAUAG